AUGGAGACCGAUGAAGCUGGACUCAAGGAGCGCUUGAAAUCUGCCUUGUGGAUGUCCGUGGGCCAGAUCGUGGACGAGGAGACGAUGAAGCUGGGCGUCAAUGCCACGCCGCAGUUCAUCGGUGCUCUGACGGAGAUGGUGUGGGCUCAAAUUGAAACAGUCAGCCAGGACCUAGAGACGUUUGCCAAGCAUGCCGGAAGGUCAACUGUCAAUGUGACAGACGUGAUGCUACUUGCUCGCCGCAACGAGGGGCUAAAUUCGAUUCUCCUUGCUUUUUUGGAACAGCAAAAUUCAUUUGAGGAAACUUCCUGA